AUGGCGGAGAAGAGGAGGUCAGGUGUAGCGGCGAUCCUGUCCGACUCCAAACCUGCGAAACCAGAUACAGACGAAGAGUUUCUUUCUCAGCUCGGAGUCGGAGUGCUGCUUCGAGGGGCUCUUCUGAAGCUGGUGGAGGCCAGGUCGGAAGACCCGAUAGGGUUUUUGGCAGACCAUUUCAGUAAUUUAGCAUCGGAAUCCGAAAACGGGGCAGCAGGGUGUGGCGAUGGAGAGAAAGAUAAAGCCACACAGGAGCAACGACUGGCGAGAGCUCUGUGGCACCUCAAAUUGGCGCAUCAUUCCCAGAGGUCUGCCUUCAACAACAAUGUGCGCAUUGCCUAUGAGCUGCUGAUGCAGGGAGGUCCGCGCCGGGGCGGGGGAGGAGGGGUGCGGGGCCGGAUCUAUACGGAAAUGCUGCGUAGCCUGUGCUGUGAAGGGGAGGUGUCCGAGUCAACCGCCGCCCCUCUCCUGCGCCGGAUCCAGUGUCACGACCAUGAGGCCGUGCCGUUCGAGCUCUUCCGGCAGGGGGUGCUGACGUGUGUGGUGUUCUCGGAUUACGUGAGGACGUCCCGGUCGCUGUACAUCGUGGUGCGCCCCAGCCCUGAGGCCCAGGCUCAGAGAGCCCUGUGUCAGGCUGUGCUGGGGGCCCUGCGGGAUGCCCUGGACACCUCACAGUGCGCUGACUCCGCCCGCUACCUGGAGGCCAGCGCCAAGAUCGCCCCCUGCAGGCUGGCCAAGGCGAUGGCGUCGGCUUACAAGCCCCGUGGAGGCCUGGGCGGUUCCGUCAUGGACCCCAAGGAGUUUGAGGGUGCAGCGGCCGCACUUUUCAUCGCGCGAGUCCGAGUUCUAUCCUGAGGCAUCAUUCAGGAAGCACAGAGCUAUGCGAAAACAUGAUGUCAAUAUACAAUAUGCCAUAACCUCAAGACAGAAUGGAGCAAGGAUGCUGAUAUAUGUAUGUUGUAUAGCCUGGACCUUUCUGUCAAGGGACCAAUGCAGACAUUGAUGCAAAACCAAACUGUGCAAUACUUCUGGCAAAUUUUUAUUUUGAUGUA